CCUCACCAAGCCUGGUCGCUGAAGCCUACUGACAUUAUCAAGAUGGUUCGAGCUAGCUUGUUGGCCUUCUGCCUUCUCGGCGCGCUUCUCCUGGUGAUGCCAGCCGCUGCCUACCCCAGUCUUGGCAACUACUAUCGCCCAGGAGUUCAAUAUGAACCCGAGCAGAUCAUGGAUAUGCUGAACCGUCUCAACGAACUCAUGGAAAUGGAACGCAAGAUGGAAAACUUUAAAGAGGACAUUAUUAGCAGCGAGAAACGUGCUCUCGACAUGGGUCUCAACCGUGGCUACUCUGGCGCUAUUCACGCCAAGCACCUGAUGGGAAUGGCCGCAGCAAACUACGCCUCCGGACCCGGAAGGAGGCGACGUGACGUCGAAUAAACAAAAGAAAAACAAAGUCUAGUCUAAACGCCGUCACCUUUUAUUGGGCUUCACUAUUGUCUAUGCUUAAUAAUGUUAAAUCAAUUUAUCCGUCAAAUUAGAGUAGAAAGUUCCAUAAAAAUAAUCGGCCUAUUUCCUAUCAAAAAUUAUACUCGUUCCAAGGAUUGUGCUUAAACUUUUAAUCUCUACUGUUUCUGUAGUCGCUUCCAAGAAUAAUCUGUUUUUUUUUUCUGGUUCCAUUUCGUUUACAUUAAAAUAGUAUUGUUUCAGUAUUAAAAAUUUGUUCCUUAAAAUAUUAUCCAUGUUAAAACGCUUGAAAUUAUAAUAUAUUUAUAUAAAUGUACGUUCUAACGACAGUAGAUAAUGUUACUAACUAUUGUAGCGAAUUCCGUGUUUCCUACUAACAUUUGUGAAAUUCUAGUCUAUUGUAAGAAC